AUGGGUAUCGCCGUCGGAGCUUCAACCCUCAACACGGAUGCCGCUCAGGUUGCGCCUGAGUUGGAGAAGGUGAACUGGUGGUCGACACCUAACCUGCGCAAGCUCUACUUCUGGGCUAGUGUGCUCUGCAUUGCUUCUGCAACUACCGGAUACGAUGGAAUGAUGCUUAACACUUCCCAGGCUUUGGAUGCUUGGCAGGAGUAUUUCCACACCCCCGAGGGCUCCAAGCUGGGAUUGAUGAAUGCAAUCUACCAGAUUGGCAGUCUCGUCAGUUUCCCUAUUGUUCCCUUCAUUGCCGAUCGAUGGGGUCGCAGGCUUCCUAUCAUGAUGGGGUGUGUUCUGAUGAUCUUCGGUGGCUUGCUCGGCACAUUCUGCAAGAACUACGGAAUGUACGUUGUUGGUAGAUUGUUCCUGGGCUUCGGCAACAGUCUUGCCCAGAUGGCAUCCCCAGUUCUCCUCACCGAAAUCUGCCACCCUCAGCACCGUGGAAAGGUCACCGCUAUUUAUAACUGCUUGUGGAACUUGGGUGCCCUUGUUGUCGCAUGGAUUGCUUGGGGAACCAUGUACAUCCCCAACGAUUGGUCUUGGCGCACAUUGACUCUCCUCCAAGUUUUCCCCGCUGUCAUUCAGAUCAUUUUCAUCUGGUGGGUCCCGGAAUCCCCUCGUUGGCUCGUCUCCAAGCAGCGUUACGACGAGGCAUUGGAAUUCCUCACCUACUACCAUGGAAAUGGAGAUGUCAAUAACGCCACCGUUCAAUUCGAGUUCCGCGAGAUCAAGGAGACUAUCAACUUGGAAAUGCAGUACGAGAAUAACAGCAGCUACCUGGACUUCAUGAAGACCAAGGGUAACCGCUACCGUCUGGCACUCCUGAUCUCUUUGGGUAUCAUUUCGCAAUACAGUGGCAAUGCCUUGUUCAGCAACUACACCAACCUGAUCUACAACAGCAUGGGUAUCACCGAACAGACCAAGAAGAUUCCUCUCAACGGUGGCCAAACCCUGCUCAGUUUGGUGGUCAGUGUUUCCAGUGCCUUCUUCGUUGACCGAGUCGGAAGACGUCCUCUCUUCCUGGUUUCUACUGUUGGCAUGGUUCUCAUGUUCCUCGCAUGGACUGUCGUUUCCUCUGUCUACGAACGUACUCAGGAUGUCAACACCGCUGGAUACCCCCAAGUCGUUUUCGUCUGGCUCUUCUCUGUCUUCUACGCCAUCGCCUGGUCGGGUCUGCUCGUUGCCUAUUCGCUUGAGAUCUUGCCCUACCGUCUGCGCGCCAAGGGUAUCAUGAUCAUGAACCUGACCACCCAGGCAUCUCUGGUUCUUGGAAACUACACCAACCCCAUUGCGUGGGAGAAGCUUCCUCACCACUGGAACCUCUCGCUGAUUUACACCAUCUGGAUUUUCGUUGAGCUUUGCUUCGUCUACUUCUUCUAUGUUGAGACCCGUGGCCCCACUCUUGAGGAGUUGGCUAUGAUCUUCGAUGGCGAUGAUGCCGCCGUUGCGCACGUUGAUCUUCAGCAGGUUGAGAAGGAGAUCCAGGUCACUGAGAAGGAGACUGUUGGUUUCACCGAGCGUGCUUAA